GUUAUUAGUAAUAUCUUCUGUAGUCUUGUUCUUGGUUUGUUUUUUUUUUUAUAUUGAAUUUUUUCUAAUUGCUCCUGCACGAGGAAGUUUUACAUUUAUAAAUCAAUAGUGGGUAUAAUUAUAAUCAUAAAUGAAUUUAUUUCGCCAAUAUUUAUUUUCAUCUAUUAGUGUUUUACAGAAAUCUUUACGCUAUAAUUCAAAUUUAAAUCCACUUUUAAAUAUGGCAAAAAGUGAAGCCAAGAGGAUUGUAUGGGUGGAUUUAGAGAUGACGGGUCUUGAUAUUGAUAAAGACCACAUCCUUGAGAUAGCGUGCUUAGUAACUGAUGGUGAUCUUAAUGUCGUAGCAACUGGCCCUAACAUAGUAGUUCAUCAGCCUGAUAAUAUCCUAGCGAACAUGAACUCCUGGUGUGUGGCCCAACAUGGUGAGAGUGGAUUGACGGAGGCUAGUAGAAACUCUAAAGUGUCUAUUCAAGAUGCCGAGAAGAAAGUACUAGAGUUUGUCCGAAGACAUGCACCUGAAAAGAAAUGUCCCAUGGGUGGGAACAGUGUCUAUAUGGAUCGUUUGUUUAUCAGAAAAUAUAUGCCCAAACUCGAUAGUUAUUUACAUUACAGAAUAAUAGACGUGAGCACUCUCAAAGAAUUAGCUAAACGUUGGUACAAAAAGGAGUAUGCAGAUUUGCCACAAAAAAAGUUCAGGCAUCGAUCAAUAGAUGAUAUUCUUGAAAGUAUACAAGAGCUCAAAUAUUACAAAGAGACUAUAUUUAAGUCCUUGUAAUUAUUUAUAGACAUUUCCUUUUGUACUUUCAUUUUCAACUGUCUUCAAAAAGGAGACUCUCGAUUCAAUUGUAGUAUGUAUUUGUAAGGCACAAUCCCUUGGUCCAGGAUGACAUCUGCAGACUAACUUUUUUAUAAAUUACCCACCUUAGUAUAUAAUACAUUAUAAAUGCGUUUGCUAUAAACUGAUUUAGAAAAUUUUUAUCAGAAAGAAUUUUUUUUAUACAACUUAGAAUGGCAAACAAGCUAACGGCCCACCUGAUGGAAAGUGGUAACUGUCGCCUAUAGACAUGAGCAGUACCAUGGACAUAACAGACUAUACUGUUUCGCCCAUGAUACCCCCCCAUGCAUUGCCAAUCCUGAGGACUCAGGUGUUAUUCCUUUGUACCCAGUAAAUGCACGCCUUAUCCCACCCUUCAAACCGAAACACAGCCAUGCAAACACAACUGCUUCACGGUUGAAACACGAAUGGGAUAGAGAUACCCAAGCAAUCGACUUUUGUACAAAGUCUCCCUCUGGUAGACUCUGGUAGUAGAAAGAAUAUACUUACUCACAAACUUUAUUUUACUGGUGCCAGAAUUGAAGUCCGUUUGUUUGGAAUACAAUUUUAAAUUAUCUAUCAAACUAUGAAUUUAGUGUGGAAAAGGAUGAGAUAAUCAAUAACAAUAAUUAAAAAAUAAUUAGAAUUAAUAACUUUACUACACACAAUUGCGUUGUACUUUGAACUUUUACCAUGAAAUUGUGUUUAGCGUUUUAAGAAUAAACGGGUAAAUAUUGUAAAUAUGAAUAAUAAAAGUAUAGUCAUAUGAAAUAAUAGGAUCUAACAGCUAGUUCCCUCUGCCUACUAGGCGAGAAUAUGUAAUUUUUUUAAUAAUAAAAAAUUUUUAAUAUACAUACAUUCUUUCGGGACAUAUUGGAGGUCGUUAAUCCUUAUUUAGAGUAAAUUUAUAUUGCUUCUCUGGUUUAUGGAAAUCAAAUAUAUAAGAAAAUAGUUACGAAUUUUGUCAAAUAAUAAGGUACUGAUAUCUAAUAUUCCUGAUCUUGGGCGGGAGGGGGGUUGUUAAUAAUGCGCACUACCAGUCUCAUUGUUAGCAAUAUGCCCAAAAAGAUCGACCUCCACGUGGUCCCCCUUGGAAACCAUCGUACUGAAUUCCAAGUGAAUUCAUCACGAUGGGCUAAUCGACCUGCUUUUUCAUUCUCAUCUAUCAUCUCUCACUGGUGCCCCGCCAGUGUAUACCGAUAGCGCAGGCGGGGUUACCAUUCCAUUAUCAUUCAUUAAAGAAAAUAUUACUGAUCAAAUUUAAAUAAAUUUUAUAUAAUGAAUUUUUUAAACAUGUAGUUAAUAUAAUAGUGAUCAUAGGAUAGAACUUUUGGUAGCUGUUCAUUUGCUUGAAAAUUGUAGUGUAUGGUCAGUAUGAUCAAAAACUCAUUACUUAUAUCAUGUUGCUAUGUGUAUCUAGAAAAAUAGAAUAAUUUUGUAAACAGUAAGUAGUUAAAUGUCUUAAUAAUAAAAUUGUCUGUGUCA